AUUUAAAUUUGUAAAUACAGUUAUAUCGAUAUUUUAAUUAUAUUUAAAUGAUUCUCGUUUGUUUUCAUAAAAUUUGACAAAUGAACAGUGCAGUAGCCGUAAAAGAUAUCUAUCUGUCAUGCGACAUGUGUUUUUGAGCAGCAUUCGAACCUAGCAAAUAUUUGCGAGGAUGUUUCAUCGGUCAGUCGGUCGACUAUUGCAAACACGUGGAAUAUUCGUAAGCUAUCAUUAACAUUAAACGCAUUCUCUUAAUUUGAAACAAAUAUGAAUUUAUUCCUAGAAAUUUAUGAGGCAAACUCGUGCGACGAUCAAAAGUUUGCGAGACUUUCACGUAAAUGUGAGCCCGGCAGAGAAAGCAAAGUGCGGCGUAGACAACACUAGCAGUAACUACCCUCUAAUAGAUCAUUGCUACGACGUAGUGGUGGUAGGAGCAGGAGGCGCAGGAUUAAGGGCGGCUUUCGGCCUUGGCAGCAAGGGAUAUCGUGUAGCAGUGGUGUCGAAACUCUUCCCGACCAGAUCGCAUACCGUGGCUGCCCAGGGUGGUAUAAAUGCCGCCAUCGACGAGGAGAACGAAGACAAUUGGCUUUAUCACAUGUACGACACCGUGAAGGGAUCUGACUGGCUGGGUGAUCAGGAUGCUAUACAUUUUCUUGCGAGGGAAGCGCCUCGCGUGGUCUUUGAGCUCGAGAAUUACGGUUGUCCCUUUAGCCGAACAGAAGAAGGUAAGAUUUAUCAGCGUCCUUUCGGUGGCCAAUCGCUGAGAUUUGGAAAAGGCGGGCAGGCCCGUCGAACUUGCGCCGUUGCUGAUCGGACAGGCCACGCGCUUCUCCACACCCUUUAUGGGCAAAGCCUUCGCUACGAGGUGCAUUACUUCAUCGAAUACUUCGCUCUUGAUCUGCUCAUGCACGGUCGAUGUUGUAAGGGAAUCCUGGCAUGGGAAUUGGAGACCGGUCUUCUUCACCGAUUCAGGGCUCACCAUACAGUAAUGGCAACGGGCGGUGCCGAAAGGUGUUAUUUUUCUUGCACCGCGGCGCAUGCCUGCACCGGGGACGGCAUGGCAAUUGCCUGUCGAGCGGGUUUACCGCUGCAAGACAUGGAGUUCGUCCAAUUCCAUCCAACCGGCAUUUACGGCAGCGGUAUACUCAUAACCGAGGGCAGCAGAGGGGAAGGUGGCAAGCUUCUCAAUUCGAGGGGAGAAUUUUUUAUGGAGAAAUACGCACCCGUUGCAAAGGAUCUGGCUUCUCGCGACGUCGUGUCGAGAGCUAUGACGCUCGAAAUAUUGGAGGGAAGAGGCGUCGGAGAGAAGAAAGAUCACAUUUAUUUGCAAUUGAGCCACUUGCCGCCUGAAUUGUUACGCGAGAGGCUACCUGGAAUCUCACAUCUUGCGUGGGUAUUCGCCGGAGUGAAUGUACACAAGGACCCAAUUCCCGUGAUACCUACGAUGCAUUACAACAUGGGCGGCAUACCUACAAAUUGGCGUGCGCAAGUGUUAACACGAGAGAACGAGGAAGACAGACAGAUCGAAGGCUUCUGGGCCGCUGGCGAGACCGCGUGCGCAUCCGUUCAUGGUGCUAAUCGACUGGGCGCUAAUAGCCUUCUGGAAAUCGUCGUCUUCGGCAAAGCCAUCGCUGACCAGAUCGACUGCCUCACCAGGCCUGGCGAGCGUCAUGAGGAUCUGUCGCCAGAAAUUGGCGAAGAAUCAAUCUGCCGUUUCGACGCAACUCGUUACGCGAAAGGCUGCGUUCCCGUGGUCGAGUUGCGCGAGGAGAUGCAGCACACGAUGCAAAGAUACUGCUCCGUAUUCAGGACUUGCGACAUACUGCAACGCGGCUGCAGGGAGAUAACGCGCCUCUACACCUGCGAUCUGCCAGACUUAUGCGUGCAGGAUCAAUCUCUCAUUUGGAACACAGAGCUCGUCGAGGCCUUGGAGUUACAAAACAUGAUGCUCAUUUGCAUGCAUAUCGUACACGCGGCCGAAAAUCGGAAGGAGUCGAGAGGUUCACACGCAAGGGAGGACUUCAAAGACAGACUUGAUGAGUAUGAUUAUACAAAACCGCUCGAGGGACAGAAGAAACGACCUUACACGGAACACUGGCGUAAGCAUACGCUUACGUGGGCUCAAGAUGACGGAUCGAUCUGUAUCUCUUAUCGGCCGGUUAUCGACACGACUCUGGACGAGACCGAGGCCAAACACGUACCGCCCGGGAUUCGUGCAUAUUGACCGAACAAAUUUUGAUUUUAUGAAUCGUAAACAUUAAAUAUAAACGGAACCGAUGCGAUUACGGGAUCUAAACGGCUAAACACAUUAUCGCUAAUUCUGACUUGGGGUCAGCCGAAAUCUGGGAAAGUCGGGAAAUCUCCUCCUUGGAUAUAUAGGACGGUAUUCACAGCCCGUUCUUAUAAUAAGUUCGUCUUACGUAUAUUUUUUAGAUGCUAAUAGUUUUCCUAUUGACUAUCUUAAUGAAUAUCUUAAGAUUAUACUUAAGAUGAUCUCAAUAUAAGAACGAAUUAUAUAAGUAUCACCCAUGGAAGGUAUUUUCGAACAUCCUGUAUAAAUGUUUUCCAUUUCUCGGUAUCCUACGUCAUCGAGAAUCAUAGACGCAUUAACUAUGACUCACUAGCAGGCAUAAUUGAGGUUUUAUGGCCACGUUAAAAACUCACAAUGAAUAAAACAAAUACGACAAUAA